GACACCACGAGCCGACUGGAGGCCGACAGAACUAAACAAACCGAUGGCGCCAAGGUGGCUCAAAUGACUCCCGUGGCUCCCGGGCCAUCCGACACCGUGGGGAGUACUGCGGAAGGGCCACUCGGCGAUCAGGUUGCAGUGGCGAUCUCCGAGAAGUCACCAGAGAAGGUGGAGGCUAAAACGGUGGAGGCGGCGGAGGUGGUGGACAGUACUGAGGUGGAGGUGGAAAGCAAACCGAAGACUGAUGCAAUCACUUUGAAGACUGAGCCGGCCAAGAGCGAAGAGAAGUCGCCGGCGGAAUCAGAAUCGGAGCCAGAGAAGCCAAAAGCCCUGCCCCAGAAGACUACCAGAAUGCCACUGGAACGGAGGAAAUCUUUCCCGAAAUCCUCCAGCACCGAGGAGAGUCAACCAGGCAAGUCCAUCAAAAGGGAGAAGGUGGAGAAGAAGGACAAGGAUGCGACCAGGAAGGAAAAGCCCAAAGACCGGUCUCGAAAGAAUUCGGUUUCCAAAAAGGACUCCGAUUCGGAGAAGAGUCUUCCGGAACGGAAGUCACCUACGGAAGCGACUUCCUCCAAAAAAGAAGCAGAUCCCCCAGAGGAGAACUCGAAAAAGUCCAAGUUCGUGGAGAGCGAUGCCAUGUUCAAGGCCAUGGACAAGGCCAAGGCCCAGGUGCGUCAGAAGAAGCUGAAGAAAGCAGUCCCAGUCACAGUCCCAGCGCCACGGCAGCCGCAGCCCAAGGUGGGCAAGGCAUUCUCCGCAGCCACGACUCCUGCCCAGCCAAAGAAAACGCAGAUCAAGAUCUUGGCCAAGCUCCGGAGGAAUACCAUGUUUGCGGAGGGCGAUGCUCUGUGGAGCGCCAUGGCGAAGCGGAGGGAGGGGAACAGCUCGCCUGGGGACUCCGACUCCAGCUGGGUGGCCGCGCCCAAACCGAAGAAGACCCGGGCCAAGAAGAAGGCACUGUACUCGCGUCGCAGCACGAUCUCAGAGGAGGCCAAGCACCUCGGCGCCUCCAAGGCCAUUCCCAUUGUGGAUCUAACGGGCGGAUCGUCGCCCAUCUCCACGUCCUCGGACGCCAGCUCGAAGAAGGCCCGCUCCAAGCGCUCCACCCCGGAACUGAUCCGGGCCACGGCCCUCAGCAAGCUGGAGCAGCGCCGGAACACCAUUUGCGAGGACCGUCAUCCGGUGGCCAAGUCCAAGGCGGCCUUGGUGCCGAUCACCAAGCGUCGCUACUCGGUGCAUCCCAAGGCCACGGCCCCGCCGCCACAGCCCGAGGAGGCGAGCAAGCCGGCGCCCAAGAAGAGGGGCCGGAAGCCGGGGAAGGCCGCCAUGAGUCGCCAGAGCUCGAUGGACUCCAGUUCGAGUGCCUCGCUAGCCAGCGGAGCCACUGCCACGAAGAGGAAGGCCCAGAAGUCGACAGAGGCCCUCCAUGCGGCUCUCACCGAGACCGAGUCCUCGGAGUCCACGUCCUCCGGCAGCAAGAUGCGGCGCAGCAAUGUCCAGAUCUCCCCCGAGCUGGAGGCACCCGAUCCCCUGAAGGACAUUGCCAAGUUCAUCGAGGAUGGCGUAAAUCUCCUCAAGCGGGACUACAAGCUGGAAGAGGAGCAGAAGGCGGAGCAGCCGGGUGAGGCAACUAAGGUGGAGCCACCCGCCCAGGACAGUCAGGAGGAUGAGUUUGCCCAGCGGGUGGCGAACAUAGAGACGCCAGCGACGACGCCGUCACCCUCGCCCACCGAGGAGUCGUCGAAUGCUUCGGGCACGCAGUCCCAGGAGGGCAAUGGUGGGGUGCGGCGCUCCCAUCGCAUCAAGAAGAAGCCGCAAGGAUUCAAAGCGGGCCAGGCCCGAGGCGUGACCAGCACCAGCACCGCCCUGACGCCACUCAGCAUGGACGAGCAGCUGACCGAGCUGGCGAACAUCGAGGCCAUCAACGAGCAGUUCCUCCGGAGCGAGGGUCUCAACACAUUCCAGCCGCUGAGGGAGAACUACUACCGCUGUGCCCGUCAGGUAAGUCAAGAGAAUGCUGAGAUGCAGUGCGACUGCUUCCUCACCGGUGACGAGGAUGCCCAGGGGCAUCUCUGUUGCGGUUCCGGCUGCAUCAACCGCAUGUUGAUGAUCGAGUGCGGACCGCUGUGCUCCAACGGGGAUCGCUGCACCAACAAGCGCUUCCAGCAGCACCAGUGCUGGCCGUGCCGCGUCUUCCGCACCGAGAAGAAGGGUUGCGGCAUCACGGCCGAGCUGCAAAUCCCACCCGGAGAGUUCAUCAUGGAGUACGUGGGUGAGGUGAUCGAUAGCGAGGAGUUCGAGAGGCGCCAGCACCUGUACUCCCGCGACCGGAAGCGACACUACUACUUCAUGGCGCUGCGCGGCGAGGCCAUCAUCGAUGCCACCUCCAAGGGCAACAUUUCGCGGUACAUCAACCACAGCUGCGAUCCGAACGCCGAGACCCAGAAGUGGACGGUGAACGGGGAGCUGCGCAUCGGAUUCUUCAGCGUGAAGACCAUCCAGCCGGGCGAGGAGAUCACCUUCGAUUACCAGUACCAGCGAUACGGCAGGGAUGCCCAGAGGUGCUACUGCGAGGCGGCCAACUGCCGGGGAUGGAUCGGCGGCGAGCCGGACUCGGAUGAGGGCGAGCAGCUGGACGUGAGCAGCGAGAGCGACGUCGAGGAGGAGGAGGAGAUCGAGACGGAUGUGACGGCCGAUGUGGAGACCAAGGCGCCCAAGGUCAAGGCCAAGGGAGCCAAGGUCAAGGGCAAGCAGGCCACCGCCAAGCCCGGCAAGCGCAAGGAACAGCCCAAGGCCAAGGAUCGCGAAUACAAGGCCGGUCGCUGGCUGAAACCCAGCGGUGGAGCUGGUGCGUCCGGUUCGGGCGAGAAGGUUGCCCGCGCCAAGCCCAAGGUCAGCAAGUUCCAUGCCAUGCUGGAGGAUCCGGAUGUCGUGGAGGAGCUCACCCGACUCAGCCGCAGCGGCCUGAAGAACCAGCUGGACACGUUGCGAUUCUCGCGGUGCAUGGUUCGCGCCAAGCUGCUCCAGACGCGGCUCCAGCUGCUGGGCGUGCUCACACGUGGCGAGCUGCCCUGCCGGCGACUCUUCCUCGACUACCAUGGCCUCCGGCUGCUCCACGCCUGGAUCAGCGAGAGCGGCAGCGACAGCCAGCUGCGAAUGGCCCUGCUGGAGGCACUGGAAUCACUGCCCAUUCCCAACCGUACCAUGCUCAACGACAGCAAGAUCUACCAGAGUGUCCAGCUGUGGAGCAACAGCCUGGGAGAACCUCAAGAUGGGGCUGAAGGAGAUGCCUCGCAGUCUGCACUGCGCCCACGGAUGGCGGCUCUGCUGAAGAAGUGGCAGGCCCUGCCGGAGAUAUUCCGCAUCCCGAAGCGGGAGCGCAUCGAACAGAUGAAGGAACACGAACGGGAGGCCGAUCGCCCGCCGGAGCCGCGAUUCCACUCCAGCACCGGCCUCGAGGAUCUGCGCGAGCGCGACGAUGGCAGCUCCUCCGAUCCCUAUCGUCAGGAUCGGUUCCGCGGUCAGCGGGACAUCACCAACAACCGGAACAACAACAAGCCGACUCGGAUGAGCGGCAACAACACCAUAUGCACCAUUACCACCCAACAGAAGGGCAACAACAACAACGGCACCAUGGAGGGCAUAAACCGGAUGGACAACCGGCGCCGAUCCGACAUCGGACCCACUCUGGGUGGCGAGGCCCGGCGUGCCCCGCUCUCCAAGGAACUGCGCCGUAGCCUCUUCGAGAGGAAGGUGAGUAUUGUUAGAGCAGCAGCCGGAGGAGGAGGAGUGCCUGCAGUGCCUUCACUAACAACCUCCGUAAAACCCACACCCCAGGUGGCUCUGGACGAGGCGGAGAAGCGCGUCUGCAGCGAAGACUGGCGCGAGCACGAGGCACGCUGCGACUUCUUCGGUGCAGACCUGAGCACGGACCCCAAGAUGCUGCCGUUCUACCAGAACACCGAGACCGGAGAAUGGUUCAAUUCCGAGGACAUGCCCUUGCCGCCGCCCCAGCGGACAGAUGCCCAGGCCCAGGCCAUGCUCUCUCCCGAGUCGGACGGUGGACCAUCCACGUCGGGAGCCGCCGCGGAAUAUAAGCUGCCGGCCGGAGUGGAUCCGUUGCCACCGUCCUGGCACUGGCGCCUGACGCCCGAUGGCGAUAUCUUUUACUACAAUCUGCGGGAUCGCAUCUCCCAAUGGGAGCCACCCACCCCGGAACAGCGCCUACAAACUCUGAUCGCCGUCGAGGAUCCCGCGAAGCAACCGCCACCGUUGCAGGAGCUGCAGAUCGAUACGGCCAGCGAGCUCAUCCACGUGGAUGUGGACUAUGUCGGAUCGCUGAGCAACAAGUCCCUGGCCCAAUAUGUCGAGAGCAAGGUGAAGGAGCGCCGCGAGAUGCGCAGGAAUCGCCUCGUUUCGGUCCGCCAGAUCAGUCCACGUCGCGACGAGGAUCGUCUCUACAACCAGCUGGAGUCGCGCAAGUACAAGGAGAACAAGGAGAAGAUCCGGCGUCGCAAGGAGCUCUACCGCCGGCGCAGACUCGACGCCGCCAUAGCUGGGCCCGGGCCCGGGCCCGGUGGUUCCGGCACUACUACGGAUGGAACUUCACCCAACAACUCACUGCCCAUCCAGGGCUAUCUCUACUCCUCCGACGAGGACGCUUCAACGGAUGUCCCGGCCGUGGAGUUGCCGUUGAUCGACGGCAUUGUGGCGGGCGGGAUGCAGGUGGACGAACUGGAUGCUCUCAACAUGGAGCCGAGCACAAGCCAGGCGGCAAAAGCGGCCGCAGCUCUGGCCAGCUUGAUCAAGUUGCCAAUAGCAGGACUCGUCCAGGUAGAAGAGGUGGGGUCGCCACCAGUUCAAGUGCUGGGCAGCAAGCGGAAGCUACCAAUGCCACCAAUCCUUGACUUCAAGCGCCAGCGAUCGGCGCCAGAUCACCGCAUCAAAAAGAGCAAGACAACCCUGUUGAGUAACAUUGUGAUUGGAGGACGCGAAGCCCAUGGCAAGUUCCGUUCAGAUAUUAGUGGCACUGUGGCCGAAUUCCUGCGUCCCUACCGCAAGGACACCUGCACCCUGGGACGCAUCACCAGCGAGGAGGACUACCAAUUCCUCAUCAAGAGAUUGACCCACCACAUCACCACCAAGGAGAUGCGAUACUGCGACAUGACCGGAAAUCCACUGGCCUGUACCGAGUCCGUGAAGCACAAGUCCUAUGACUUCAUCAACCAGUAUAUGCGGAAGAAGGGACGCGUAUACAAGAGGCCGGCGGACGAGACUAUAUUCUAAGUUCAAACCAAAUUACGACUAGGACGUUUUUUUUUAGACAUAAGAACACAUUCAUAUAGGUUCCAAUACCAUCAAUAUACCCAUCGCAGAGUGGGUAGAUUUUGUAGCGAAUAGUUAUGUAGAUAAUCCCCAAGUAGCGGAAACGAUACCAAUUGCGUUUAAAAAUAAUUCGAGUCCUUAUGAUGAUCCUUUUUUGAAUCAUUAUCCUUCCUUAUGGAAGCCAUUGCGUACAUAAACAUCAAAAUCUAUUGAAUAAGAAAA